GAGAGGGAGAGAGACUCUGGUCUUACAGCUGCAGUAAAAGAACUGUUCUUCUGUCCCGGGAUGGACAGCAUGUUCCGUGCAUGAGUGAAGGUACUGGAGCAGCAUCAGGACCAGAACAGCAUAGCGAGACUGUGAAUCUGUGUAUUUAUAUCCUGUGGACACACUGGAUGGUACUGCCCUCUGGAAUUCUCUCUAUAGGACACACGCAGAGUUACCUGCGCAGCAGACGAGACACACAGAACUGAGCCUAAUGGAAGUCUGAGCCGUGCAGGACUCUGGACCAGACGGAAUUUUGGGCCAGACAGUGUUCUUAGCCAAACAGAGCCAGCUGAGUCAGCUGGAGAGCAAUUAUCAAUCUGGUACUGAACCAAGGUGACACGCACCGGCCUGGAAUUCUUCCAAGGAAGACAGAACGUCUGAUAGACAGACUCUGAAGUACAUGGAAGUCUUGGAAAACUGACCUCAGCCAAAGUGCCAAGGGGGAAGUGAGAGUGGACUGCAGCUGACGGAGGGAAUACCGGGGCACCGAAAGAUCAGGUGCUGCAGACGGAGCACAACUUUGUCGAGUCUCAGCACAGAGACGGAGAGAUGGAGACGCAACGAGGACGAAGCUUUGUCUUGGAAAGAAGCUUCACUUUCCUUCUGCUGAUCCUCACCUUCAGUAUGUGUGGCAUUCAAGCACUAGAGAUGUCCACAGGUAAGAUCCCCUUUCUGGAAGCAGUGAAUGGAAGUGAUGUCCUGCUGCCGUGCACCUACGCCAGCUGCAUCGGCAUCAAAGACCUUUACUUCAAAUGGGAGUUUAACGACAAUGGCACCAUGCUGAAGGUGAUCGACUCAGUGAUCCCAACUGACCACGUGGAACCAUCAACCGUCAAUAUUUACCGGGAAAGGGUGGAUUUCGUGGGAUCUAGCAAAACGAAUAACCUGUCCAUAGUGCUCUGGAACGUGACUUUUGAGGAUGCAGGGGAGUACACGUGCUUUGGCAAGAACCCUAAAGAGAAGGAUAAGAACCACAGCGCCAUCUUCACCCUAUAUGUGGUGGACGAAUUGAGGGUCGUGGAUAACACUCUGACCAUCAUCAUCGUCUCCUGUGUGGGAGGCUGUAUAGCCCUGCUGGUGAUCUUCAUGCUGCUCAAGAACUUCACACUCUUCGUCCUCGCUAAGAUUGAAGAGAAAAAUAAGGAGUGCCUUGUCUCCUCCUCAGGGAUCGACAACACGGAAAAUGGUCUGUCAGGCUCCAAAACCACACCCAAGCCCACACCAAAGAAAGCAUGAGACUGAUAUCAUAUGCGCCCGCUCAUCAGCCACCAUGCUGGGCCCGUCCUGUCAGUUCACAUCUCUGUUUACAAAAUCUACUUAUUCAUUCUGCAUAUUCACUUCGUAUUCUUUUACACGACUCACCACUCUUUUCCUCAAGGAACUGACAGAACAGCGUUACAUAAGCGACAGUGUAUGACUGGCUUAUGGGUUGGUUAGUUACCCUGAUCCAGGAUCAGUUGAGCUGUUCCGUUUCCAGCAUCCAAGCCAGAGCUUUCUAGCCAGCUCUACCUCAGCUCCAGUACAUUCGAGCCAAAUAAUCGUGUUCAUUAUCUCCAGUGUGCUGAGAGGUGCAGUAGUGCUAGAUGGAGAUUAGCUGUGGGAGCUUGUGGGCUGUUUAUUGUAGCGGUCUUAGAGGUCAGCAUAUCCACUUCUCUGACUUUAUUUCACUCAAAAAAGGCUCUGUGGUGUAAAAUAAAGUAGAAAUAGUUUAAAUAGUACUCUCACUCAAAAAACAAAGAUCCCCUUUCAGAGGUGUUCGAGUACUAAGAGCAAUUCCAAAAUCUGUACAUUGUGUACUCAGUUGUGGAAAAAGCAUCCAAAGGCAAAAUUAAAAGUACUAAAGCUCAUCUCUACAAACCCUAAAUACGAAAGCACAUGCUUUCUCUGGAAAAAUAUAAAUAAAUGAAAGCAGAUAAAACAGUAGAUUUCCGCUAGCUGCUCUUCCAACCCUUAGCUACCUCAAUAGCUAAUGUUUAGCUAACACUGGCUAAGAUUUCCCACUUCACCUCGUAGCUUAAGCUAAUCUGACUGGGGUGUCAUCGGUUAGCCGGUUAGCUGAGACGUCCGGUCAAUAAUAAACACCGUCAGGGUCAGCGAUAAGGCUAGCUGUUAGUUAGCUAGCUAGCAGCAUUAGCUGACUUUGCCUACCUCAAGCAGAACCUUAUGUUGCAGCAGCGUUUAAAGCAAGCGUGUCUUCUUUUCCAUCACAGAAACCACAAACUGUCCCCUGAGGACGACGGACUUUUUAAUUUGGCCAAGUCAUGUUCAGUCAUGUUACUCAGCGGCAUCUCAGUGAGUGGAAAACGUAUUUUAGUGAGCAGAAACAUCUAAACGUAGCCUGACAGGAAUGUUUAAAGGGGAGCUCUGAGACACAGAUAAAAUUAGCGCUUCCUCCACGUUGCAGCCAAAUGAACCGUGAUAUUGGACAACUACGCGUAUUCGCGUGGUAGAAACUCACCAACGUUGAGCUCAAUGUGAAGUUUUGCGUGUAUUUUUUUGCUCAGGACAGGAAACCAUCAGUAUAACCAUCAACGAUCAGUAACACCAGUGACUCCUAUGGAUUGAUGAAAAGGGGGACGUUUCUGUAGAAUGACCCAAACCCAUAAGGAACCAAUAGAAACACUUUUUCAUAGAUUUUUCAGCAGGGUGGUGAGUUUUGUGCUAACUGAACGUAGAUUUGACCGACAUAAUACAUUCAUAUCUUUUACAUUCUUUUCUGUUUACUCAAUUUAUAAGCAGAGAUGUGAGUGAGAUGGGCGGGCCUUAUUGAUUUUAUGCAUAUAUUAACAUAUGCUUCCAAUUCCUGCACACUUUCAUCUCCCUAGAUUAAAAAAAAAAAGGUAUAGGCCAAUGCCAAAACUGGACUGUUUUUAUUAGAUAUGCAGAAAAAAGUAAUCUAUAUUUAUUCUAUUCACAUGAUGCUUGUGACAGGGAUAAAUGUGCUGUAAGAUAUUUUCAUUUUUAGUUUGUUCUUUUAACUGAGCUGGGGCGAGAAGGAGGACGAAUACUCUAAGCAAUUACACUGAGCCUGUUUGCUGUGUUGGAGGAUUAUAGGUAGAUGUGUUCUGAGGUUAUUAUUCCCGUUGAAGGCAAAUCCAAAGCUCAUAAUGAACCUAUUGUACUCAGUAUGUAAAACAUAUGUAUUUUGUUUUUGGACGCAGUUGCAUUUGCAGGGUGAUGCAAGUUUGAGUCCAGCCCAGCAUCAACUUUUUAAUUAAAAUAUUAUGGUUACGUAUUUCUUUUUGCUUGAGAUGAAACACAGGUGCCUGUAAACGCUUCUGUCGCCACCUAAUGGUGGACAAGACUAAAUGCAAAACAAUAUAAUGCAAAUCAAAAAAGUCUGCAAAAAUGAAGAAAAACAACAAACAAACAAAAAAAAAACACCUAAUAGAUGACAUAAGUUCAUGAA